UUCAAAACUUGAUUUUACCGCCAAAAUCGUUCUCCGAAUCGAUCAUUCUCUCUCUGGUUGUGAAGGAGAUGGAGGAGUACUUACUGUGCAUGAAGACUUUGCGCUCUCAAAUGAACGAUGUGGAGGAUCAAGCGGCUAAGAUCUCAGUAGAAGAGGAAACGCAACUCACCAACGUUCGCACGAUGGAAAAAGAUAUCGAAUCAGUGAAAUCGGAAGUUAAAAGAACGAAGGAAGAUACUGAACAAAUGAAGAAAGUGAUGGGUGAGCUAUGCUCUAAGAUAUUGGAGAAUCAGAAAAAGAUUGCCUCUUUGGAAUCUGAUAUCUCCAAGCUUACACAGACCCUGGAACUUAUUCAUCAAGAGAAAGUUGGGUUGUCUGCCAAACUUUCAGAGAAGAGAGCCUACUAUACCAAGGUUGAGGAGGACUUGAGCGCCAAAUUGCAGAAGCAACAGGAGUGGCACAGAACUAAGAUGACUAGUAGAAAAUUGAAAGAGCAUGAGAUCAAGGAAAAAGUUGAUUUACAGAAAAGUAAAACCAAAGGCAUGACUCAUGCUUCUUGUGAUCAUUGUGAUUGGUGCCACAAGAUCUAUGGUUCAGUAGGAAAAAGUAUGGGGAAGGCUGCAGCCGAUGGUAACUGUAUCAUGGAGAACCUGGGGAGUGAUGCAAGGAAGAGCAUAAUCACUAAACUGGAUUCAGCUAAAGGAAGGCUUAAUGAAAUUCUUAAUCUAAAAUCCAAGAUGCUUAUGGAGAACAACAAGAUAAAACUCGCUAUUGAGGAUCUGAAAUGCAAGACAAAUGAUUUUAAGCUAGAGCUAAAAGCUGCAGAUAUAACGGUUCUUCAAGAAGAAUAUAACGCACUUAUGUCUGACAAAGCUGGAGAAAUAGAGUACUUGCAGUCUCUGGGGAAACAAGUUGACAAACUCAAGGAGAUCCAUCAUGUGGUAAAAUGUGCCUGUGGGGAGGAAUUUACUGUGGCAGUGAACAUGUAAUUUUCCAGAGAGAACACCGAUAUCAAGACACCGCAUAUUCCGUUCAUAUUGAUCUUGAUCAAAUAAUAUUAUACCAUUAAAAAAUAGCAAACAUUUAAGUUCUGCAGUAGAUGUUGUUUGGUUAAUUGGAACCGAGUAUCUUAGAAUAUGAUCAUUCUAGUAGUAAAUAAUAUACUAGUGUUUCAUGUAAUGGAU